CAGGUGCUGUGUUCAGUGACUUUUGACUCUCUGGAGUCCAGUUUGAAGACAGACGUGAUCACCUCAGCGCUCAGUGGAGUCAAAGACAAGAACUUCCUGCUGCACUAUGAGUUUCCUCCCUACGCCACUAACGAGAUCGGCAGAACCGGCGGAGCCAACCGCAGAGAGCUGGGCCACGGAGCGCUAGCGGAGAAGGCUCUGAGACCCGUCAUCCCCUCCAGUUUCCCCUUCACCAUCCGCGUCACCUCAGAAGUGCUGGAGUCUAACGGCUCGUCCUCGAUGGCCUCAGUGUGUGGAGGCAGUCUGGCACUGAUGGACGCAGGUGUGCCGAUCUCCUCUCCAGUAGCCGGAGUGGCCAUCGGCCUGAUCUCUGAGGCUCAUCCUGACAGGCCGUCGGAGAUCGAGAGCUACCGGCUGCUGACGGACAUCCUGG